CUUCAGAAACCAGGACCACUUCAAGGGGUAAUUCCACAAAAUAUACUCUACCUGAGGAGGAAAACGUUGUGGUUGCAAUCUUGAAGGAAAGAGCACCUAUUUGGGCAUAUCUCAACUACAGAUUCUCUGUCCAUGGAAGAGAAAUACAUGCAAGGGAGUUAGAUUAUACAUACCCUCCAUCGCAGUGGAAGCCUCUCCUCUUUAUAUCCAAAGAGGAUAUAAGGAGCCCAUAUCUACCACAAUUCUGGAUCCCAACAGAAAACGUAGAGCUAAAAGGACGACAAGUGGAAGUGUCAAGUUCUCAUCCUGUGAAGUGGCAGGUUCUCAGUCUGCCCCUGAACGACUAUGAUAUGAUUGAGAUAUCUCCUGAUCAAGAAUCGCCUCUCAACCUUCCUGGGCAUAAUCCUGUAUGGAUAGCCCUUUGGAACAAGAACAAAUUUGAUAUUGUAGUUCGUUUCUCUUUGAUUUAUGAAUAUCCAAGGAAAACUAAAAUUCAUCAUUUAACUGUUAAUGAAGGCUGGUUGAUUACAUCUAUAUCUAUAGACGCCGUCCUUUAUGGAAAUGGAUGGUAUAAUUGGUGGGCCAAUCACCUACAAGUACGCGAAUUGAGGAUAUGGACGGAUUCCCAUCUACAACUACAAGUGUUCCCGAUGCCCUUAGAGCCACAAGGAACAUCUACAGGCUCAUCUCCAGUCAAACCCGAAGAUUCACCUACAGGCAUACCUGUAAGCACACAAAUCAUCAUCGGUGUCGUGGUGGCAGUGUUGGUUGUCGUAGCUGCGUCUUUCCUUUGCUACAGGUGUUGCUUCAGGAAGCAAAACGACACAAGAGCUGAAGAUACCACGUUGACGGCAAUGAACAACAUCAACCCCACCUUCUCCAAUAAUGGUGGGCCAACUGAUUUUGAUCUACGAAACCACGGGACUGUUCCCCAUCCUGAUCUCCCUCGACCAAGUUCAUCACAUGACAGCGAAAAUAGCAUCUACGGAGUAAUAGUGCCACAUUGAAAAUAAAACAACCUGACAAACUGCCACAUUAAUGAGGAACAGUGCCACCGUUGAACCCAACAUAAUAUGAGGAACAGUGCCACAUUGAACCUAACAUUUCCUGAGAGAUUGCG